AUGUUUAUGCCUAAUGUCCACAACAGAGUUGUCAUAUAUGACGAUGAAAAGGUGUAUGGCAGGUCUAAAUUGCAUGUAAUUGUGGUAACACACAUAGAUUUGAUCUCUAGUUUUGUUUCUGAUGCUGGGAAAGUGCCUUUCAAUUUGGUUGGUAUUUUUGGUUCAGUUUCAAUUGUUCUACAAGUCAUGGAGUUUCUCUCUUUUUUUGUUACUAUGGAUGUUGAUAUUUGGUUUGCAAUCCUGAUCAGUUAUGAUUAGAUGAUUUGCUUGUUUUUAGAUGAGUAGUGCAUAUUUAUCGAUUAUCAUUUCGCUUCCCGAUUUAGAGUGGAGGAUGAUUUAUAAGGAUGAGAUUGUGAGAUGUUUCUCAAAGAGUGGUACAAUUUUAGGCUUUAGAUAUCAUCUUCUAGUGACUUUCCAGUUACAGAUUGAAUUGCUUCUCCCUGGAGCCUUUUCAGUCUGUUAACUGGUGGACAUCUUUUCUUUUGUUUCAAGAAAAAUCAGAGCAAUCAGAUAUCUGAACGAAUAAGACUAGAAAGGAUUCUUCCAGUAUCUAUAUUCAUAAGGAGGUUUUCAUCAAUGAUGCAUUAAUGGGUUUACCCGCAUUCAUCAAGCUAAGCCAAUCCAUUUGAGAAGAGGAUUACACGCAACCAUUUGAUGCAUUCCCCAUAUCGCCAUGACGAUGACCAGAUCCAGGUAGUGUGGAGGAGACAGAGAGCCUGGUAGUGAGCGAGAGAGGAACCCCUGCCAUUAUCACUUAUUCAUUAUUCUCCUCCUCCCCCUCCCACUCUGCAUUGUGUGCUGAGAGGAUAUUGCCUGGGGCGAGCCUUGUUGAAUGGAGGGAUGUUUAUAGGUGAUGCCCAACCGACCGCGAUCCAAGGCAUACGAUAGUCGGUCGAUAAUUGGCAUGUGGCUUAUGCUGAAUGCGUGAGCAGCUUCAGGUCGCGCUGCAUACCGCAUCAUCAACGUCCAUGAACACACACACGGACACACACACACGCACACAAGGCUCAUCACGCACGGACAGACAGACCAGUGUAUUUGGAUACAAUCACCCCCACAUACUUACGCACGCACAGACGGAAACUUGUUGUGAUAUUCUAUCCCCGCCCCCCUCUUCCCCGGUCGCUCGCUCGUGCCAAGGCACGCGAACUUUCGCUUGGCGGCGAUGCAUCCUCAGAUGCCUUCGGACGAUGACGAGCCGUCACUGCUCGACAAGUUCUCCUAUUCGCUGAGUUUGGACGACCUGAUCGCCGACAUGUACAGCGUACAUUCUUGGAGUUAUACCACCACUACUUUCCAUCCAGGCGUGAGGACUCCACCCCAAACAACACAGCAGCACCAACAACAUCAACAACAACAACAACAACAACAACAGCAUCAACAGCAGCAGCUUACAACGACCAAUCACGUGACGCCAGUGCCGCAUAAGCCACUUGUCCAGGACAGGCACGUCGUGACGACGGGUGAUGUGAGCCGAAAAUGCAACGGGCUUCACGCCCGGGAAAAGUCUCCCGAGAUCAAGAAGGAGGAGAAGUCGGCGGGACCGGUAAGUCCUUUUUGCUGUCGUGUGUCUUGUAGUGUUAGAAGGAGUGAUGUGAAAUUUCAUCUGUUGAGAGCCAGGGCAGCGUCUCAUGAAACCAUCAUAUAAGUACAAGUUUACCGA